AUGUCAGAUAUAACUUAUGAAAGAAAAUAUAAACAAGAACCACCUCUUUCAAGAUUAAAACAAUUAACGUCGAGUUCAAAAUGGGUUUCACCUUUUAGACAACAACAAUUAGAAGAUGAUGAAGCUGGUGAAGGUCAAGGUCAAGGUCAAGGUCAAGGUAAAGGUCAAGGUCAAAAAUCUCCAAGUUCAAAAAAAAAACAAAAACCAAAUUUAUAUCAACAAUUCAAAGAAGGUAAUAAAAUUGAACAUAUUAAAGUUCCUGCUAAAUUUGCUUAUCAUCCAACUUUGGAAGCUCAAAAAAAGAAGCAACAAAAAACAAAAUCUGCCGCGGCUAAAAAAACAUCCACGACCAAAACUGCAACAACUAAAGCUAAAGAAGAAGAAGAAAAAAAAGAAAAAGAUAAAUUAAAAGAUAAAACUAAUGAACCAUUAAUUGAAGACGAAAAACCAAGUGAAAAAUUGGAAAGUAAAUUAGAUUCAGAAGCUAAAGAAGCUAAAGAAGCUAAAGAACCCAGAAUAACUGAUGAAUCAGCAGCUGAAAACAUUGAAGAUAAUUUGGAAACAUCUGCAAAAGAACCUAGGAUAACUGACGAAAAUGAAGCUGCAAAAGUUGAAGAAAGAUUAGAAACUUCUGCUAAAGAAUCAUUGAUUAAUGAUGAAUCUGCUGCUAAAAAGGAAGAAGCUGAGUUGGAAACUUCAGCUAAAGAGCCAUUGAUUACUGAUGAAUCCGCUGCUGAUAAAAUAGAACAAAAAUUAGAAGGUGAACGCAAAGAGCCUUUGAUCACUGAUGGUGAAACCGAACACGUUGGUGCAGAAAUUCAUGCAGUUGAUAAAUUAGAAGGUGAUGAUGCAAUCAAACAACAAAUUAAAGAGAAUCCAAUUGAAAUUGUAACUCAACCAGAAGCUAAAUAUGAACCAGUUGAUAUUUCAAACAGAGAAACUCUUGAAAGAUUAAAAAAUAAACCAGCAUUGUUGAAACAUUAUAAAGAAUUAAACACAACUGCCAUUGGUUCUAUUGCAACUGAAAUUAAUGAUCCAAAUAAAGUUAUUAAUUUAGGAGGUGGUUUAAGAAUGACUCAACAACAAUUAAUGGAUUUGGCUGCAAAAAGAGUUGCCCCCGUUAUAACCUCCAUAAACGAAGAAGUAUCAAAAACCAGACAAGAAGAUGAUAUUAAAAGACAACAAGAAAUUGAUCAAAAGGUUAAAAAACAUGAAACAAAAUUAAAAGGUGAAUUUGAUAAAUAUGCUCAAAAAGUUGAACAAAAAAAGCAACAAUUCAAUAAAGAAAUUGAAAACAAACUUGCUUCAAUCGAAAGUAAGAGAAAAGGUGCAAUAAAACAAAGUAAAGACUUUUCUGAUAAAACUAAGAAAGAAAUUGAAACAUCCAAAACAGACUAUGCGAACAGAGAAGAAAAAGCAGUUGAGGUACAUCAAGAAUCUUUAACCACUAUAGAUAAAAAUUCUACAGAGCUUAAAGCCACUAAAGAACAAGAAUUAAAAGAUGCCAUAAGUAAUCAAGAAAAGACAACUACCGAAAUUGAAGAAUUAAAAGAAAAAAAGACUUCAUUAGACGAUAAAAAUUCUGAAUUAGCAAAUGAAAUUGAAAAAUUGGAACAAGAAUUGGCUGAAGAAGUAGAAAAAUUGGAUAAAUUAAAGGAAGAAUUGAAAAUUCAUAAUGAAGCAAUUGAAUUAAAUGGUACCAAAUCAAAAGAAUUGGAUUCUAAAAUUGCAGGUUAUCAAAAAGAUUUGACUGAAAAAAGAUCAAAACAAGAAAAUUUAGCAGGUGAAGUUAAUUUAUUAGUUGCUAGUAUUGGAACUUAUGAUGCUAGAUUAAAAGAUUUAGAUACUGACAAGCAAGAUCGUUUGAAUAGAUUAAAUGACGCCAAAUCUAAGUAUAAGCAAUGGAAUCAAGAAAAACAACAAAUGGCUGAAGAAGUUGCAAAAGAACAUGAAAGAAAUAGAUUGAUUCAACAACAAGAAUACCAGACAAAAAGACAACAAGAAGAAUUGGAAAGAAGAAGAGAAAGAGAAGAAAAAGAAAGACUUGAAAGAGAAAAGCAAGAACAAUUAGCCAAAGAGAAAGCUGAGAAGGAAGCAAAGGAAAGAGAAGCAGCAGCUGAAGCUGAACGUAAAAAACAAGCUGAAAAAGAAGCUAAAGAACACGAACAAACUCAAUAUGCAUUUACACCAGUUACUCAUAAAAAAAAUUUAGAAAACAUUAAUGAGACUCAAGAACAACCAGUUUCAAAAGAGGAAGAAAAAAAAAAAGAACCUAAGGAAAAGAAACACCAUCAUGUAGGUGCUGCUGCUGCUGGAGUUUUAGCUGGUGGUGCAGUUGGUGCAGUUGGUGCAGGUAUAACCGCUGGUGCUAUAGGUGGUGCUGGGAAACAAGCUGGUAAUGCUGGUUCAUCAGUUUUUAACAAAAUUGGAGGUGGACAAUCAAAAGAUCAACAACAAAUACCUCAGCAAGUUUCAGAAUCACAACCAGAACAAACAAGUUCCAAAAAUUUAGGUCAAAACUAUUCAAGUUUACUUGAUUCGGGUGUCAAACCACAAGGUUCAUCUAAACAGCAAGCACCUGUUUCAACAGAAAAAGAGACUUCAGCUGCUAUUGCUCCAAAAGGUGAUAAUGAUCAAGUUGGUGGUUUAACUGCUCAAGAUGCUGAAAAAGCAGCAAUUGUACCAAAAGGUGAAAAUAAACAAGUUGGAGGAAUCAAUGCAAACGAUUUUCAACAACCUCCCAGUAAAAAUGGAGCCAUAACCAGACCAGAUAACGCUAGUUGGGAUGUUCAAAGUGUUUAUGAAGUCAUUUCAGAUGAAGAUUACGAAAAACAUAAAAAUAAUCCAAACUAUUUUGAAAUUGGUGAAGAUGAAUACAAUAAGCACAAAAAUUUAGAAAGAAAAGUUCAAUUACUUGAAAAGUUAGCUUAA